AUGGAGGAUGACAGCAGUGAACCUAUUGUCUUUGCCACCAUCAAACACAGCAGAAAAGGAAAUGUUAGUCAGUUACAGGAAAACUCACACCAGAGCAGAAAGCAUGACUUUUCUUGCCUUAACAGAGGUCACAGUCGCAGCGAUGAGGCCCUUCUGCCAGGCCAUAAAGGUAAUGUUGAAAGUGAACGAUCCACAGCGACACAUUUGAACUAUGGGGCUUUGUAUAAAACAACUAGUCUGAACCGAAGCUUGGCUUUUAGUGAGGAAGACAUUGUUUUAGGGGUUGAAAGUGGGCCCAAGAGGGCCAUUUCUUCUAGCCAGCUACCCAGCAAAGGGAUUCUUAAAAACAAGAAGAGCCGUACUGAUAUUCGCAAGGUUAAGUCAAUGGAGGUUCUGUCCCCAAGAGUCACAAAGGGAGAAGGCCAGAGUGGGCAGAAGGGCAAAGGGGUAACUCAGGCGGAGAUGGAUCGAGCACGGGCAAAUUUUGUGGAGGGAAAAUUACAGUUUUCAGCAUUUCUUAAUGAAAUUACAAAACAAGUCUUGAGUCCAUCCGAUCUUUCCAGACUGGGUGUGGGCAAUGAUCUAAGUUCUGGGAAAGCACCAACUCCGGCCCCUAUGCUUGACAAGAUCAAACCUCAGCUGCCACCCAAGAAACACAGAGGGAUAAAGAGAAGUGAGACAGAACCACCUCUGCAGCAGUCUAGUAGACAAGUGAAAGACGCAGAUUCCUCCAAUCCUGACAAACUCAUCUCAUAUGCAACCAGGAACCAUCGUGGUAGCCCACCACCUCACCAUUAUCCUUCACCUUCCAGUCACGGCUGUAAGGACAGGAGACCCUCGCCUACUGGAGACUUCAUGUCAGGGGACAGAUACAGCAGAUCUGGUCCUCACAUUACUGAUGGAACCAGCCCCAGUCCUACUCGGCCCAAACAACGUCAGCACCACAAGUACCAGCCCAACACCUACCACAAUCAGCACAAACACACACAACGCUUCUUUCAGCAGGUGCACCAAGACUCGGGACACACAAGGCCAAACUUUUCCCCUUCACCCUCAGUCCAGGGUGCUGGACCAGGUUUUGGAUCUGAGUCCUCGUCCACAAAAUCAGACUCACCCAGAGGCAGAGAGACGGCCUCCACAGCUACCAGUCACAGCUCAGAGCAGAGCAGUCGACGCCAAUCACAGCAAACUGGGAUCUGUAAACAGCCGAUGGACCUGCUGUAUGAUCCUGACCAUUUUCAGGCGCUGCAGGAGGAGAAUGCUGAUCUUCACCAGAAUCUACUGCAGACGGUGGUUUGCAUUGAGAGCCUGGAGGCAGAGCUGCAGAGGACCAGAGAGGAGCUGAGUCACGUCAAGGAGAAAUAUAAAAGUCUUCUGCCUUCACACACCGGGACAAAACAAGACCACAACCUUCUGGGGGAGCACCUGAACAAAGCGUCAGAGAGCCUGAGCAGUGAAAGUAAGUUCCUGCUGAAUCGUGUGUCUGAGCUGGGCUCAGAGGUGGAGGAUGCCCACAGGACCAUCACAGCCCUGGAGAACAUAAAUGAGCCGUGUUUGAUUAAGGAGCUCUUAGAAAGGCACUUUGGCUCCACUGAAGCCAUUCAGAAGUUUCUUACAACUUCUUUCCCCAUCAGCCAAUCCCAUAAUGCCAAAGCAGAGGAAGUAUCACAUGAUUGGCUGAACAAAUCAGACGGAGAGUCACAGAGGGCCACAGCCUUCAUGCCAGUUAAACAGGGUCUUCCUCCAAACAAAAGCGAGUCCUGUCAUAGAUCCUCCUUCCCUUCUGACAUCACCACUUCCAUCUAUAAGUCAAGUUUCCCUGCCCGACCACAGCCCGUUUACCCACAGACCCAGAAGCAGUCGUCUUGUGGCGCCAACCAGGCCGACGGCCCUCCAGAGCAACAGCAGCAGGCCCAAGCAGGUCCUGACAGACGGGAAGGGAGGAGGGGGUUGAAGGUGCUGCUGUUCGAGGAGGACUGUAGGGAUGUGAACUCCGUGUCAGCCCAGCAGAUCCUGGAUGAUUUCAUUCAGCAUCUACAGGCACGGAACGAGGCGGAUGGAGGGAAGACGCAGCAGAGCGUGCAGGAGUGGAUGAAUGGAGUGGAGCAAACUGGGAAAGUGACAGACUGAAUGCUGAAAGUGUCAGCUGAGGAUGUGUUUUCGUUCAUGUCUCUUGAAUUUCUGUCUGCUGUAAAAACUGUCAAAAGGUGCAGCAGCAGUGACAGUAAUGUAUGUUCUUGUGUGGAUGUUAAAGUAGGGGCCUGAAGCUUUAAAACUCUAAAGCUGCAUAUUCUCACAGAAAGACAAACCUGUCCAGCUAAAAUGCGUGGGUGGGCCCCCAAUGAAUAAUAUAUGGGCAAACAGCACGGGUCCCAACUGGUUUUGUCUGCUGAUUCCAAGGUGGCUCCACAGGGGUUUGCCCACAUAAAUCUUUGCACACUUAAACUUUAACAGAGGUUUUCCGAGGGACCCAGAUGACUUGACUCCUACAUGGGCCCAUUAAAAUCUUUGUGGACAAACCCGUGUGGGGCCACCAUGGAAACUGCAAACAAGCCCAGUUGUGACCGUUAUUGGGCCCACCUGGCCGGGUUACAUCAAUAAAAUCAGAUAUUCAAAAAAUUAGAAGACUAAUUUAUAUAAAUAAACAUUUUAUCCUUUUAAAUCUGAAAAUUACACACACACACACGCACACACACACACACAAUUUUAUUGAGUUCUAGCAGCAACAUAUUUCCUAUUUGUGUAGACAUAAUAAUAAUUAGUGAUCAUGACUGAACUCUGAACUGGUUCAGAAUGAAUAAACAAAAUUUCCCUGUAUCCAUUCAGUUCUAAUAUAGUUGGAAUUAUUUCCUGUAUGUAUUUAGUUUUGAUUAUACUGUGCAUGCAAACACGUUUGUUAAUACUAAUUAAUGAAAUGUUAUUAAUUACUGAAUGUGCUUGACACACAAAAUGUUCCUGUCUUGAAGUGAUGAUGCCUGGAGUUGACAGGGUGCAGCUUAGGUUAUUAGUGUUGCAUUUUCACGGUAAUUUCAUGGUAAUUUAUCCCACUUUUCUCAUCCUUGUUGCCAGUGUGAAAACAUGUUUAGUUUGUAGUGGUGAAGCUUUAACUUCAGACAGAAUGUUGCUUCAAGUCGUAACAAUUAUAAACUGUUUAUUUGUCCUUAAUUUGCCAUACAAUAAUAUUUCACAAAAUCUUUCAUAGUUUCUUCUGUUUCCCCUUUUAAAGUUUAAAACAAAGCAAUAAGUCUGAACUUAUUAUUAGGACACAAAUGUACAGCUCUGUUUAAAAUACAUUAAAAUCUAUUUAUAACAUAAUAAUAUAUUUAGGUAAAAUAAAAUCUGUGCUGUAAUUAGUUUUCUUUGACUGUGUCUGUUACUAAGUAAAUGAUCCUUUUAGAUGUGAACUUGCAAACAAUUUCUAAUCAAAUAAAAGUGGUAUAUUUUAAAGAUGAUGCAUCACUAUCUUUUAUGAAUAUUUAAUAAGCAUUUGAAAUUAAUGAAAAAUAGCUGGGAAAAAAUUAGUCGCUCUGUAUCAAAACAAUUGACACCUUAUUUGACACUUUUUUUGGGUCAUAAUCCCCCAAAUGUUUAGCCUGUGGUGUUUUUGAAUUAUGACACUAAACAGAUCUGUUUCCUCCUAAACCUUAGCUCAUCAGGUCGGGUGGAGGCUUUAUAUAAACUUGUUUACAUGCAACAAUUCCUGAUUUUCAGCCUAUUCAGGGAUCCGCAGCUGUUUGUGUUGUAAACACAGUUCAUAGUCGGGCUGAUGAAUGUAGAGCUGUCUGACCUGUGCUACACUUUCUGAUGAAUAAAGCAUCUUUGAUUCAAACCCA